UUGUUGAUUAUUGUUAGUAUUGAAAGUGCAAGUGAUAUUUGGUGUGACAUUUGUAUUACCUGGAAUUAGAAAAAGUGUAAUCACGUGAAAAUUUUCGAGUAAUGUGAUGGACUUCAAAUUAGUGACUUCAACCUUUCAAAGUUUAACUCAGAAUAUGCAGAUUAUGAAGUACUUGGUGGCUUCCUCAGCAGUUGUGAUUUUGUUUUUAAUAUACAUUAGGACCUACCUAAGAUCAGUGUAUCUAGCUCUAAAAUUACCUGGUCCAAAAGCGUUACCUAUAAUUGGAAACGUUUUGUUUCUGAAUGAUGAUAGAGAGAUGGAGCAUCUGGGUAAUAAAGCCCACGAAUUAUAUGGAUCUUUCAUGAGAUUUUGGGUCUCAUUUCUGCCCUGCAUCGUGGUUCAUGAGCCGAGACACUUGAAUAUUAUUUUAGGAACCAACAGGUAUUCCAGAAAAAAUAUAUUCUACACCCUUUUACACAACUUUCUUGGACAGGGAUUGAUAACGAACAAUGGUUAUGCAUGGAAGAAAAAUCGUAAAAUGAUCCAAUCUUUAUUCCACACGAACAUACAGGAGAUUUUUAUUGAGACUUUCCAGGAUUGUGCUGAGGCGUUUGUUAGCAAAUUAAAUGGAUUAACGGAUGUGAAAAUUACUGCCCUCGUUAAUGAUUGCGUUUUGGACAUUCUCCACAAUGCCAUUUUGGGGGUACCACUGGAUAAGAACUCUCCUUAUAGAAAGGGACAAGUAAUUCUGAAUGACAGAUUGACUAAACCCUGGUUACUUUUGGAAACUAUUUUCAGUAGAACGACAUCAGCACAGAAGGAAAUAGAACAAAAAACAAAUUUACACUCAUAUACAAAAAAAUGCAUGAGCAUGAGAACCUCUACUUUUGCUCAAAAAUUACUUCUAGGUGAUUAUGUUUUUUCGUUUCCAGGUUACCAGUUUGCACUAAUGGAGAUGAAGACAAUCAUUUUCACCAUCUUGAAAAAGUAUGAGCUCAGUUUGGUACCAGGGCAUGAGGAGUACACUCUCACUUACAGGACCACCCUUAGGGCGAAAGGAGGGAUAUGGAUACGAUUGAAAGCAAGAAAAUAAUGGGCUAGAGUACAAGUGUGCUUUAAUCAUUAUCCAUAAUAUAAUUUUUGUUCGAAUUAUUGCCAUUUUCGUGUUCACUAGUCUGCCAUGAUGGGCCGUGCGUAGCUUCAUAAAAUCGAUUUUGGUCAUUUUGAAUCUGGACAGAAAUUCUAAUAUUUCUAUUGAUUGUGGAUAUUGGAGAUUUGCCAUCUAUCACUUUUAUUUGAAUAUGUAGAUUAGGAACCUCUCCUGAUUACUCAAAACUCAAUCAUCUUUCAAACCUUCGAAAAAUAGCUGGAUUCUUUAAAUUAUAAUUUAUUGUAUCAAAUCAUAAUUCAGGGUCUUUUGAGAUAAGUAGGUAUUUGAAUAAGAUUGAAAUAAGCUCCAUGUUCAUAAAUAAAUAUGUUUACUUUGUU